ACUGUUACACCUUUUUCGAAAUCCAAUUUAAACUCGGGCUCCGCUUCCCUUUAAGCCCUGAGCUGCUCCAAAUUUGCGAGUGGUUCGGGCUUCCUCUACACCAAUUUCCUCCCAAUGCCAUCCGUUUCAUGACCACCUUUAUCAUCCUCUGCCACAUUCGUCUAGGUCGAUUCGACCUCGCCUUCUUCCACUACUGCUAUGCCCCUUCCAAACAAGGUCGAGGCCUUUACCUGAAAUGUCGAAAUGGCGCCCACUUCAUCAACGACAUUCCUACCAACAUCCCUAAGUGGAUUGAUAGGUUUGAUUUUGUCGAGCCUAAUGCCCCUUUUCCUUGGCCCUCUAUUCCUUGGGUCAAGGAACUUCCGCAAGAGA